AUGGGGCAACAGAGGAACUCACGAGUUACGUACACGAGCGCUGCGAUGUUGGCAGCAGUUGAGCCUGACGAUAUCAAUCCCAAAAUUGCGGAAAUUCAGUCGCGAGUGGAGGAAUUAGUGCGUCGUUAUGACGAUGCGGUGGCUGCUGCGGACCACGAGGAAUUCGAAGAUGACGGGUUUGGAGGCAAGGUGACGCGAACUCCGGUUCGGUGGAGAGUUGGAGACGUCCUGCUGUCAACGCAUCGCUCUUUGGCACGUACCAGCACACACACAGAGCGUUCUAUUGUCUCUGACUUUGCCGAGGACCCAGAAGUUAAUACUGCUAUCGGUAGUGGAGCACAUAAAGUAGGGAAUGCAUUUACAGAAGCAGAAGAGCGGGCUUCACGACGACAUCAGCGUCUUUCACAUAUCCAUCAGGUUCUGCAGUCCGUAGCAGCAAACGGAACGGCAUCAGAGGACAGCGACGAAGAAGACAGUAAACCUCCUCCUUAUGCCAUUCGAGAGCAUCAAUUGAAGAAUACAAUCGACGCUUUACAUCGUGAAAAAGAUUCCUUGGCUGCUCAACUGCAAGAAGCGCUACGUAUUCAACAAGAGUCACGUGUGGAAGCUGAACAACAAGCUCAGGACCUCUCAAAGGCCCAGAGAGCACUACGCACUCAGUCGGAGGAACUUCGUCUCGCCCAAGAGCACAAUGAAACCGCUACAGAGUCAGCAAAUACGCAAAUUGCUUCGUGGCGUGACAAGUUCCAGGCAAGUGCUAAGGCGGCAGCGACGGCAGAAGCAAAAGUACAGGAACUUGAGGCAAAAGUCCGUGCGCAGAGUGAGGAAAUCAUGAAACACACCUUCGUCUUGCAAGCUAAAACGCAGGAAAUGGAGCGAUUUAAAGAGAAUGAAGCUACUCGCAGUCGAGCAGAAGCAGCGGCGCAGGCUGCUGCACUUGCUGGAGCGGAGGCAGAGGCCAGGAGAGCGAAAGCCAAGGCGUUAAAGGAAAAGCGAAAGACCAAAGUGAGUAUUGAUGAAAGUCACAAACAUUAUCAGGAUAUGGAUGACAAAAUUCGGGAACUGGAAGGGACGAUACUUGCAAUGGAAAAUGUCAAACAGGAACUGGAAACCGAAAACGAAGAUCUAUCACGACGUUUGCGAGAAUUGCAAGUUCGAUUUGGGGAACAACGCAAGUCGAAACUUUUGUUUAGAGAAAAUGACAAUAACGAGUCGGAAAAGGCGACACCUUUUGCACUAAGACUGCGUGAAAGUAGCCCGCAUGAAAAUGUUCCCAAGCGGCAAAAAGGUGGGAUUGUUGUCAAAGUCACGUCGAAGCCUGUUCCUGCUGCAGAGGUAAUUGCAAUAAACGAUGAGUACGAUUUGUCUAGCAGUGAGAGCGAAGCUGAGGACACUGAAAACGAGGAAGAAGAGGAAGUAGAACGAGACGAGCGCGAGUUGAAUGAUGUCAUGCAGCGUGUAGUGGCCGAGGUGUUCCCCUUGCUUUCACCAAUAGAAAGCGAUGAGACGCUGGACGUGGACGAGAGUAUUGCUCAGUACGAAGACCCAACUCGAUCGCCAAUGAACGCAAUCCAACCGACCCCUGCUGUUUCUAUUACUCUUAACGGAGAUAGGAUUCCUUCGUCAGAUGUUGAUGCAGUACCUCGCCCGGAUAAGGAGGUUGUGUCCCACGUGGAGCUGGACAUGGUGCCUCGCUCGGAACUGGAUGCGCUGCGCAGUAUGUACGAGCGCGAAGUUGAGGCUCUCAAGCAGCAAUACGUUGACGGAUUACAGGAAUACAAAAGACUAGUGCUCGAACAAUACGGACGACGUCAAGUUAUUGAACGCGAGCGCCACCGUUUGGAAAUUGAGGGAUUGUUGCGGCUGAUACAGAGCAAAUUCCACGCGGAGCAAGCACGGCGCAAUGAUCGCUUGCAACACACCAAGGCCUCACUCAAAGUACUAUAUAACUCCCUACGCCGACAUUCCGGCCCAGCAGUGGGGCCCAAAGCGGAUCUAAACAAGCCUUUUAGCUCUACGACGCCACUUAAGACGCUUCUGCGUGCUGCCAUUCUGGCCAUGUCGACAUCGGCGAAGCGCAACGGACGUGGUAGAAUGCAGAUUGAGGCCAUUCACGAGCAACUUACCAAGAUGCUCCCGCCCCCAGACAUUCGAACGACGGCAGUAGCAGCCGCGAUGACCAUCCACACUGUCAUCCGAGAAGACAAGCCUAAAAAACCGGUCCAGACACAUGACGCAUUGUGCCAAACCGACCAAAUCUCCACAAUAAUAAGAGAGCGGAGAGUCGAAGCUACACAAGGCGAGCAACACGCUGCACCUGAGGGCUUGGAUGGCUACGUCUUGCCAGGUUCUCAGUGCUUUCCAUCCAAUAACAAGCUCAAACAGCAACAGGAUCUAACCAUGCUGCACCUUGUAGUGGGGAUCCCCAUUUCGGCCGCGUUGAUAUCCGAAUUGCGUCGUCUUCUGCCUAACCUGCCUCGUGGCACCUACUACGUGUCCAGUGCACUGCGUCUCGCUCUCUUCCACGAGCUUGUGCGGUUCUACGCCGCUGUAGAGAUGCAGGUCGAGGCCAAAAAGAUGCGGCCGACUGCUCGAGUGUUCGAAGCCGUGGACCAGAUCCAAGACGCCGAAGUGGUGAUCGGCAGUCCUCGAGACACGCCCUUCCUGCGUCGUAAGGCAUUAGAAACCAUCGAGAGCAAGGCCAGACAACUCAACCGCAGACAUCGCUUCGCCUCGGGCGGGGCAGCAAUCGCUGCCUUCACUUCAACUUCAACAUCAUCAUCACUUUUCCACUAAGUACGAAAUUCACAUUGAAAAAUCCAGUUUAGAAAAUAUUGUUUACUUAAGUUGUUUGAUUGUCACGCAACUUAACCCUUUUACAACUCAACUUUACCC